UUCAUCCAGGUUGAAAUUAAAGGUCAAAACUUAACCUAAAUUAACCGGGCAAGUCUAUAACCCUCGUAAAACUAAGCAAAACCCUAACUCUAAGGAAACAAACAACAAAGCAGCGAGCAGCGGCAUUCUCCGUCUCUGAUUAUCAUCAACAAAAUCAUGGAAGAGGGUUCAAUAGGAUCAUCAGUAACAAGAGAUGUUUGUUUAAGCACGAUGAUUACUACUCUCAAAAAUAUAAAAUCAGGUGUAGAGAUAAUCUACUUGAUUAGUCAUCCAGAAUCAUCUCUCUAAGAUAAUCACGGUCACAGAUUUCCAUCCCCAAAUCAAAUUGAAACCUGAACCCCUAUCGAUUGUUCUAUCUGAGGGUCAUGCUCAGAAGAACACUUUUUUGUGUUUGAUUUUUCAUUUAUGUAACCACCAGAAUCUGAAACAUCAUCAGAACCAGAUUAUGCUUACUUUGAGUCAUAAGAGAGUUCUUUUGAAUCAAUUAUUUUUGAAGAAAAGAGGUAUAAGCUGAGACGAUGCAAGAUUUGGGGCUUCGGCAAUUUUUGGUGGUAUCUGAAAUGAAGAAUUGGAGGCUCUUGGAUCAAGAUUUAGUGAGAAUGUCUGAGAAUAGUAGUAGUAGCAGUUUAAGAACUGGUAAUCAAUCAAGUCUAUGGAAAUCAGUUGAUGGUGAUGAUGAAGAACUUAGAGUUAACACUCCAUUUCCUGCACCCAAAAUUAUGGAUCUUCCACAGUUUCAAGGCGAGCACAAGGAAAGCCUGUAUUGGGGAACUUAUCGGCCUCAUGUUUAUCUUGGAAUUCGAUCGAGGACCCCACGGUCUUUAAUGGCUGGAUUGAUGUGGAUUGGUGUAAAGGAUGGUAAAUAUGUAAUCCGCCAUGUUUGCGAGGAUUCGGAUGAGAUCAGUAAAUAUGGAUGGACACAUCAUAAUGGGCGGGACUAUGGGAAUCAAGUUGUUGUUGAUCACGGCAUGACCUUGACCACUGAAUUUUUGAAAACGAAAGAAGAUGGGACUGGCUAUGGUGGGGACUGGGCAGUUCGUAUCAAUGCACAAAUUGACAAAGAUAAUCUAGAUGAAGAAUUAUGGGGUACUGGUCAUCUUUUCUUCUACCUGGCAGAAGAAGAAGACAGUAAUGUUCUUAGCAUUGGAAGAGAAAAACUGGAUACGCGUGAAUCAUCUCUUUUGGCAUAUGGAUCACGCGAGGAUGUUGGUGGUUGGGAACUGCAUAUCGAUUCAGCGGAUGACUUGGAAAUCCACUUUUCUGGCUUUAGAACUCCUGAUUUUCACAAAUUGGCUGAACUUGUUCAGAAUGCUAUUGGAUCCAGUGCAACAAUGGUGGGUCUACUGCAGCCAGACACAUCUGAAAAAUCUCCUAAUGUUUUAGUGUUUCAGAUUUCUGCAAAAUUUCCUGUCAGAGCAGAUAUUGCCUUUGUAUCUGGGACUGGUUUACAGAGUUCAAGAGAUGCAGAACGUGUGAAGAAUAUCACAGGGAAGCAACUGAGUAAUACGCUGAUUGAGAAACAGAAAGAGUUCGAUGAAAAAUUUAACAGGCUCUUCAGUCUUACGGAUAAGUUUUUGUUGGACAUUCAGGUUAGUUCUGAAGCAGUGACUGUGGGUAGGGCGGCUCUUGGGAAUUUAAUUGGUGGUAUUGGCUACUUCUAUGGCCAAUCAAAAAUUUCCCUUACUCAGGAUAUGAGAAAUAAGCAUGGGAAGGACUUCGUUCCAUAUUGGCCAGCGGAGAUGUACACUGCUGUCCCAGGAAGAACCACCUUUCCAAGGGGAUUCUUAUGGGAUGAAGGCUUUCAUCAGCUGCUAAUCUGCCGCUGGGACAUAAAAAUUUGCCUGGAUAUUAUUGGACAUUGGCUAGAUAUGAUGAAUGUUGACGGCUGGAUUCCACGUGAGCUAGUCUUGGGUACUGAAGCUCUAAGUAAAAUUCCAGAGGAAUAUGUUGCGCAACACCCAACAAAUGGAAAUCCACCAACUUUAUUUCUAGCUCUAAAGGAUUUAGUUAAUGGGACAAGUAGAAACCAAUUUACUACCAGCGAGAGCAAUGAGAUCACUUCCUUCUUAGAUAGCGCUUUUGUUCGCUUGGAAGCAUGGUUCCAGUGGUUCCAUAAUACACAGUCGGGAAAAGAUGUCAGCAGCUAUUAUUGGCACGGGAGAGACCAAACAACAAACCGCCAACUAAAUCCACAGACACUGACCUCUGGGUUUGAUGAUUAUCCGCGGGCGUCACAUCCCAGUGAAGACGAACGUCACUUGGAUCUGCGUUGUUGGAUGCUUUUUGCUGCAGAUCGCCUGAACUCCAUAACAAAGCUUCUCGGGAAGCAUAAUGAGGAAUAUGAGGCAAUGGUUAAAUUGCUCUCGGAUUUUGAACUUCUAAAUAAGAUGCACUUUGAUGAUGUCUCUGGAGCAUACUUUGAUUUUGGGAAUCACACUGAAAAGGUUCGGUUGAUUUGGCGAGACACGGAGUUGUUAGGCAGCAAUCCUGCAAGUCGGGAGCUGAUCCGAGAAGUUAUGGAGAUUCCACAACUGAGCUUAGUUCCUCACCUCGGUUAUGUCAGCCUUUUCCCAUUUAUGACGGGGAUAAUUCCAUCCGAAUCGCCAAUACUAGGAAAGCAGCUUGAUCAUAUUUUCGACCGAAGCGAAUUAUGGACAGAUUUCGGAGUCCUUUCACUAGCCAAAUCAAGUACUUUGUACGAUAAAUACAACACAGAGCAUGAGGCACCAUAUUGGAGAGGCUCAAUUUGGAUGAAUAUGAACUACAUGAUUCUUUCAGCACUACACCAUUACUCUACAGAGGAUGGGCCUUAUAAACUGAGAGCUAGGACAAUCUACGAAGAGUUACGACAAAAUAUUAUCAGGAAUGUUGUCGAUAACUACUUCAAGACAGGAUAUAUAUGGGAGCAAUAUGACCAAAAGAAUAAGGGAAAAGGAAGGGGUGUACAUCCGUUCACCGGCUGGACUUCGCUGAUUCUUUUGAUCAUGGCAGAAACUUACCCAGAAAUUUGAACUCAUCAAUCUUUUAAACAAUUUUUUGUUUUUGUUUUUUUUUUUUCUUUUUCUUUCAAACAUUGAAUAUCUUGAAUCUCUUUCACUUUUAAGCUUUUCAGAAUCCAGUUGUCAAAUUAUAUGCUGUUUUUGGACCAACAUUUAGGCUGUGGCGAAAUUAUGUGACUGGGAGUGCUGUGGGUACAAGGAAACUCAAAUCUCAUUAGAUUGCCUCUUGUGGUCUUCAUGCCUCAGUUCCCUACUUUGAGGGAAUCAAGUUGUGAACCAAAUUUCAGACAACGAAUAAGCAUUAUGCGUUUUUUCGUUA